AUGCUUCUGAGUAGACUGCUAGUAAUGAAACCGAUACUUGUCGUGUUUUUCAUUUUAGGUAUGUUUUAUGUUUUAACUCUGUUUGCAAAAUCGAGCUUAUUGCCAAAGCAGUAAAACGCUAUAUAAUUUGGUUUAUCAGUUUUGUUCUAAGUUGUCGCUCAAAAUAGGUCUUGUCCGAGAAAUCCUGUUGUCCGGGUCAAAUUUAGAAAACGAAAACCGUUAAGGAUGGUUUCACAUGUGUUUAGUAUCCAGAAUAAACAAAACGGAAUUGGGAUCAAGGACAACAAACAUCCCCUCCUGUCUACUUUUCCAUUUCCAUAUUCCAUUAGACCGCAACAGUCACAAUAGAAAAUAGUGAUGACCAGGUUAUGAACGAGUUCAAACAAAGACGUUUCGGGGUCAGGACAUUUGAAUUCAUAGAAAACAUGAAUAACAGUUUCAGUUUAUACGGGGAAUGUGUUUGGUGAUGAGCAGUUACGGCCUGCGGCAAUCAUUCCAUGGUCCCAAUAUCAGAGAAGAAUCGGGAAAGUGAAGGAAGGCACAUUCGCCUAUCAGGUAUUUAAUUUGUUUUUCAUUUUCCUAUUGAAUAUAUGUUGAAGAAGGAAAGUGAGUCACUUACGGGAGCGGACUCUUCUCAAUCAAGUGCAACCAACUCGUUCUUCGGUAGCUACGAGAAAGAGGAUCUGUCAUCGAGGCAGCUGCCUCGUUUUGACGAAAAUGAGCCAAGGUAAUUACGGAAGUACAUAAAAGCGGGGUGGGCCUCCUCUCGGACCGCUUGUCGGGAGCAAUUUCUCCCAGUGGAUAGAUUCAGACAACAUUUCUCUCGCGAAACUCAAAUUUAUGGGCUUUUUAGCGUCCGAGGCAAUGCGGCGGCACAAAAGACGCGCUCGCAAUAUGGGAACGUCAUCCGACCGCAGAUAAGGGGACGACUUCCAGCUGAUCCUUCGGAUUUCGCAAAGUUUCCAAAAACCAAUCAAGUGGAAUACUUGGUUCAAAGAGGUUCAGCAUAAUGACAAGGAUGGACAUUGAAAUUAAAUUUGGUGAUUACAGAAUUGGAAAGAGAGACUUUGGUUCCACCGGAAAGACCUAAUGCGGUUUCGAAUCGGCUGCCUGCCAGAAUCCCACUCCGAAAAGAACAGACCCCAACGCACCAGGAAAUGAACAGAGUCCCAGUAAGAUCAAUUCCAAAGGUCACAAUCACUUUGCAACAUUCAGUCGCUCGCCAUUCCCAACGGAGUUCCAAUGACCGCCGGCAGUUGGGAAACUGGUCAACCGCAUUAUACAGGCGAUCGGAGACUGCAUGCUGCGAACACGUUUGCCGGAUCUCCAUCCAUUCCAUACGGAAACAAUGUGAGCGGCUUUUUUCCGGUUCUGACUAAACGGUCUCGCUUGGUUUCAGUUGAUUGGCAACGAACUUCCCACGGCACCAAUCUACCAGAAAAUCGCCGAUUCAAACAUUGUCAGCUCAAUCUUCUCGCAGAGCCAAGCUCGACCAGGGGCCAUUCCGACCAUGGUUCAGGUACUAAAUAAGGAGAUUUGUCAAGCUGUGGAGGAAUUCAUUUAGACUUCGCAGCCACAAGAAUAUCUGACAAAGUUUUUGACGGACGGAGCGUCAUUGGAUCAAUUCUCGAAACUUGCCAAAAAUCUUUUAGGAGUUGGUGGAGGGAACGGAGAAGUAAAAAAAAUUUAAGUUUUAAUGGAUUUUCUGACUUUUUCAGACCGGUGGUGGAAGCGGUGGUUUGUUGGAGACAAUGACUUCAGUUCUAAGCGGUGGAAACCGUAAUCUGCCGACAAGUUCCGCGGCACACGAUGACUUAUCCCAGUACACGCCGUCGUCAGCCGGACGACCGCAGACCUCUGUGUUCCAAAAGCUGCUAAAUCAAGGUGAAUUCAUUUGGAAUGCUAGUGUAAUGGGGGUUUGCAGCUACUGAUGCUUUGAAAGACUCUUGGAAACAAAAAGAAACAAAGGACAACUCUGACCCAGACUCCAAAAAAGCGGAUAUAUUCGCUUUGCCAGUACCUGUGACGGAAAAGCCGAAGAAAGAGAAACUGAGCAAAGAUAGGGAAAACUCUAUUAAGGUGGUCUUAAAUCAAAAUCUGAUGAGUUACAUUUAAACUUUUAGCUUCUCGAAGCAAUGCCAGAGGAACAGCGGAAAAUGCUCGAAGCAGCAAUUUUAUCUGGCGAAAUUGACGCCGACUCCCCCGCCAUCAAGUAAAAUUCCCAAAGAUCCCGUUUUCCUCUGUUUUGUUCAUCCGACAAUUUUAGAACGUUAGUAAAAAACGACCUCACGGAGGAGUCGAAGAAAGAGAAAGAAAACCGGUUGAUAGAAUGGAUCCGUGCGAACCGUCCUUCAAAAACUCCUGAAAACGCAAUUCUCAAAAAUGUCCCCUACUACGGAAAAUAUUUGGGCAGUUUGGCAGAGACGGUGAGGAAAAACAGGAAAAUGAAGUAAUCAACGUGUACCCGAUCGUUCAUUACAGCCGACAACCAAAAAACAAAAGAGUCCGGCGGGUGCGUUGUGGCUGGUUGACGAGAAAAGAAUCAUGGUGACUAGAUUCGUUUUUGAAUCCGGAUCUCUUUUGAACGGUAAGAACGAUCACAUCGAGCAUUCAACAAAUUGAUUUUUUUUAGAGAAUGUCACAUUCUGGUUGGGACCGAAGACGCCAACCGGAAAUUUUGUCGAAGACUUUAUGCCGUCUGAAAAUGGAUUUUAUAUCAAGCCGAAACCAAUUGAAAUGUCUGCUUUUGCCACUAAGGAAUUGACUGUAUGUUUUUUUUUGCUUUUCUCUAGAACUGAUUCGAUUUCAGCCAAUUGAAGCCAAACCUCGACCCAAUGUUGCCGCUGUCAAACUAUUCGAAGGGUUGCCGCCUAUUGUGGCCAACGUGAGCAGAUCAAAACGCAGUGCGGAUGUGACGGAAAUUGGUGCCACUGCCAAACCAAUCGAGCUAUUUGUAGAAGUAUGGAAAUAAUGUGAUAUAGUUAUAAACAUCAACAAAAACAUUUAGGGUGGAAUAAUGAAAGUACUUCCUGGAAAUGGGACCGAAACAAUGACGAGUAUGAGCUCCUUGCCAGAUGGAUUCCGUUUGAGACAGCCAGAAUUCGAUCCCGUGGAUGAUUCGGUAAAACAGCAAAACUUCUUUGUGCAAUUCAAAAAAUGGUUCAGGUUCCCCAGCCGCUCCAAUGGUUUGAAGGCUUCCAACCGCUCAUGCUCACUCUUCCCGUUUCGAAGACUUUCAGCGACAUCCACUGGGUGUCGCUGAGAGACCACAAACGAAAUGUAUGUUAUACAUAACCGCACGCUCUUUCAUGUAGCCUAGUAACCACAAGAAAUUUUAUUUUCAGACCAACGUUGCCUCGGUGAUUCUGCCCAACGGACCGUUCGUCCAAAUCCCUAAAGUAGUACGAUUGAGAGCCCUCUCACCGAACAGCAUCGCCUACAACAUUAGUUCUGGCCCUAUAGAAGUGAAAAACAAAUAAGAGAACCGGAUUAUAGAACACUGAAAUUUCAGGUGUUGGAUGUGAAGACGAUACGAAUCAACAAGUUCUCAUUCCAACAUGAUGAUGAUUCAGUGUGGUUGAUGGUCGGCAGCGAACUAUUCCCCAACAUUGGCGGCAAAAUCGUCCCCCUUUUUGUCGAGUGAGAACACAUUACACGUGUUGGUGAUCUGAAACUAUUUCAGAAGCACCAAAUCAUUCGACUGUCAAGCUCUCCGAAGUUAUCAUGGUGAAACGAUCGUGUUCAGACUUCCCGGGGAACUCACUUGGAAGGAUGUUUUCUGGUUCUCAUGUAAGUUCUAGCUAACCUCUCAUAUUCUGUUUGCUUUUCUGCAAAUGAAGCCGUAAAUAAAGAAAAUAUUUCAAUUGAGACUAAGAAGAGAGGGACUUACGCUAUUAUUUCUUUUCUGAGAAAAAUUCAACCCAUAAACUUUAUUUAUUUGGACUAAAGAUUGAAGUAGUCUAUGACACAUUCCCUCAACAAAAAGUGUACUUUAUCGAUACACAUGACUAAUUACUAAUCAUUUUUCAGUUUAUUCAAUGAAGCGGCUCGUCUCUUAUUCUGAAAUCUACCUUCCGCUCAGCGACAUGCACCUUCUCCCUGAUUUGUCAUCCAUUGCAGUAAGUUUGAGCAGAAAGUCAAAGAUUUUGAAAAGUGGCUGUUCACAACCCCCGUAACCGAAAAACGGGGGAUGUUUACUCAUGUUUGUGACCGCCUUUUCAUGAGAUAAUCGCUAUAAGCUGAACGGUUUUUCGAACCAGAAUCCCUUUUCAACUUUCAAGCUCUUGUCGCGUAUGAUUCCUUUUUUCCCUCCCAAUUGAGCGGUUAGCGAAUAAAACAGAAUUGCUUCAACAUUAGCACACUGGUUUUACGACUUUUCCCAUAAAAUGCUAACUAGCAUGCUGUGCUCUGAUCUCCAGCAACGGACCACAAAUUUUUCACAUACUUUUCAAAUUUCAGACGCCCACAUGCAAAUACACGCCGACGUUGUGAACCGGAGAAGGGCAAAAUGGCAUGAGAUGGAAGAAUAUAUGAUACAAUCUAAUUAAUUUAAGCACGAUACGAGUGGCGCUCCGGCUCCUCAUGAAUCUUUCAUUCAACUUGACUACAACCGAUUACUUUCAUUGUUUACUCACUGCAAACCAUGAUCUCGUUACUAUGUUACUGAUUUUUAUUGAUAAAGUGAAGUAAUAACUAUUUUUAUAGGUUUUCGGUUGUGCGUACGACUGACGAGAGAGGAAGAGAGUGAAUGAGAACUACAAUGAAAUGUCGGUCGCUUUGUUUCUCCUUCACUUGACCGAUCGGGCGGGUUCUGUCGAAAAGUCUGUUAUCCGCCCUCGGAUCUUUUGUCGUAAACGGUCCUCUACCUGACCGUCUAGUGUUACAAUCCGACGGCAGGUGUACACACAGCCACGCAAACUUGCGGACUUGCCACGGCGCGCCCUAAUUUUUCCCUAAAUUAAUGCUCCAUGACCUCUGAGCUCUUUGCUUCCUGAAAAAAGCGUCUGAUUUUCUAUUCUCGAGUUUUUUCUCGCGACACCUUGCAGUUUUGCCAUUGAGGUCAGUGUUUAUUCUCUUUUAAUUGGGGAACGAGCUUGCUCUAACACAAUUUAUCAGCAAGAACUCGUCAAGUCAGCAGAAUGAAAAUGUUCCGGUUUAUAUUUGCUACAAAAUGUUGCUUUCUUGCAUUUGUUCAGAUUUUCGACGUAUUAGUUACCACUACCGUACCCUUGGGGACCGGAGGGUGUUCUAGAGAAGAUAAACAACACUGUUGGAAGUGUGAACGUGUCUGAAUCAACAAAGCAAACAGAGAUGAGUAGAUUUAGGGUCCGCAUGUUGUUGUAUAAUCAUGUACCAGUACACAGUGACUCUUUUUUUGCCCAUUUCGUGUUGUUGCCAUGGAAAACUGUCAUACCGCUUGUUAGGAGGGGUUCUCACUUCCCUCCCCUACAAAAACAAACGCUCUUAUCAUUGCAUCUCUUCAUACUCCGACUAGACGACGCCAGCGAACCUGUGGGGCAAACGCACGGCGCCACACUCGGCAAGUGCCUUUUUCAGAAAUUUUUGGCACCGACGAAGCUGAGGUUGCGACGCACGGGAUGGUCGUAAUCCAGAUAAUUGCUAAUCCGCCCCAUCGCCAGAUGUCUUGCAACUGUCCCCUCACCUGUUGUUGGUUCUGGGCAAUGCCAGAUCCAUAAUCCGAUGGUCCCUUCCUUAAUAAUGUAUCUCUUGGUUGCUGGGUGAUUCCAUGACAACGCCAUUCGUUAAUUUCUCGGCAGCUGGCGUUUCGACAUUCAUCUACCUUUUGGCCCCGCCCAUCUCCCCGCCCCCUCUUUUGCUUUAAAACACGCCCAUUUAGAGCCGGUGGUUCUUGUCGACGGACAGUCUCCUGGAGUCGUCAAUGACACCCUCUCAGUUGUUGUCCGUUCACACCUUCUGACCCUCAUCGCCCGCCGUGACGUCAUUGGUCAACAGGUGUUUCAGCUGGCCUCGAGUGUUCCGUGUCUUGGAGAUUGAAUAUAAUCAUGUAUAUACUUUUAUUUACAACGUUCUUAACAAACAACCAUACAAUUGAACAAAACAUCAUUUCCUUGUUUAGGUCUUUUAGCAUUUCAAGUAUUGCAAAAUGCUUCUUAUCAGUAGAAUGUUUGUAAGUUCGAAAGGACAUUUGUCUAUCGUUACGUUGUGCUCACCAAAGAGUUUGCAUCACGUCCAACAGAAUAUUUUGUCGGCGUUGUGGUCGAGAAGCUUUCGCCAGAAGUCAGUCACAAGCUAAGCCCUGAGGCGACGCGAGUUGUGUUGUGUCGCAGUUCUUUUAAAUGUGCGUGUUUUUUGUGCCACCAUGCCUCUCUUUUUUCAGCUCUCACAGCCGCGCCGAAGGGACUCUCGCCCUGUGUCCUAUCGAUCAUCAUCAGAUUCAGUGGGGCGUAGUCCGUGCUCGGGCGACCCAACACACACUCACACAAACACACACGCUCACGCUCACACGCACACACAGCGUGAGUGUGCGCGGCAGACUCAACUCACCCGCUCGCUACUCGCGAUGCGGUCGGCCCGCGUUUUCUUGACCACGUUGGCAGGAGGGAAGAGAGAGAGGGCAACCUCCAUAUUCAUUCGGUGCCUUACUAUGCAAGCGCGUGUGCGCUCUGGGUUGUGUGCGGCCGAGUAAUGGCCGUGUGUGUGUAUGUGUGUGUGCGCGCGCGCGUGUGUGUGUGUGUGUGUGUGUGCUGCAAGGCAGAGGGCGAGGGGCCGGCCGAAGCUGUGGCCAAGCCCCACCCACUCUCUCUCUAUGCCUCCUCGCUUCCCUCAGCCGCCUCCCUUCACGGCCGCCAUUCAUUUCUCCUUCUUCUCGUCCGUGCUAGGCACUCGCUAGCCUGCCUCUCUUCUCUCUGCCACGGCAAACAGCCUGGUCAACCGAGAGGCCAUCGUUUCUCUGCGUUUUCGCUGGUUUCUGCACUCUUUCGGCUGCGCUCUCGCCGUCUCCGUCAUUGCUCGUAUCGAUCGCCGCAACCUAACCCUUUUCCUCAUUCUGGGCCCCUUCACACACUCUCUCGUUUUCCUCUCGCCCUCUCUCCUACCUAGUCAACGUCACACAAAUCCAGUGGAGCGCGUUUGAAAUUGAUGCACAUUUAUGAGGAAUCAGCGGUGCAUAAGUCACAAUUAGCAUAGUUGGAGAGGCGGCAGGUAUCUUUAUGGUAAUUAGCUCAGAAACUAAUGAGUGACGCAAGGUUUAACAAAGACAAUCCGGGAAACAAGGGGAGGAGGGGCAGAUGUUCCAUUUUCUUGUCAUUGCUUGUGUUUCCUUUCUUUUCGAACAUAUAAACAUAUCACAUUGAUCUCAAACUUGAUAUUUUCAGAUGUCCGACUACAGUGAAAGACCGUCUGGAAGUUUGGCGCGCAUUGGAGACUACGAUGCAAGUUCGGACGAUUCCGACCAGAACGACGACGAUGAGACUCCUGUCACCAAGAAGUCGUCAGAAAUCGCAUCCAUCGACACGGACGAAGUCGCCGUUGCCGAAGCAUCGCCAGCCGAAGUCGGAGCUGACUCGGCCACCAAAUCGGAGCCAACACCGGAAGAGCCAGUGCCAGCCACGAUCGAAAAGGAAGGCACCAAUGACAAGGACAGUGAGAAGGCUGACGACGAGGAUAGCAACCGGACAGAGGACAACGAUAGCAGCAAAGCUGAAGACGUUGAGAUGACGGAAGAAGACAAUAAGAAAAAGGGAGAUGUGGAAGUGAAGGAAGAGGACGUCGAGGAUAAGGUGGAGCCAGAAGUGGAAAUAAAGAUGGAGGACGUUGAGAUGGAAGAGGAGAGCUCCGACACUUCACAAAAGGACGAUGACAUUUCGCCGAGCUCUUCUGACGCCGAUCUCGUGGAAACAGUCGUAAAAACCGAGGAAAAAGAGGAAGAGGUUGCUGAAUCGAGUGACAAGGGGAACAAAAAGAGAAGUUCCAAAGCAAACGAAGGCUCAUCCAGUGAGGAAAGCAGUGGAGGCAGCUCCAGUGACUCGGAGGACUCUGACAAUGAGGAGAAGGCUGAUGCUCCGACGGGCACCACCAAGCAGCUUGAGGCGGAGGAGGAACCGAACGGAGAAACUGAAACCUCAGGGGAGAAAUCCAAAGCGCCAGAGAAUCCUUGGGAGACUCCGAAGCAGGUGAGAAAAAUCAUUGUCUGAAACAAAAAAUGUUAAACACGUUGUUUUUUUCAGAAGCCAGUCAAUGGCAUUGUUCAGCCACGCACCAGUCCGCCACGUGGAAAGCCAACUCGUCACACGAACUGCCUCGACUUCGUCCUCUUCACGAUUGUCAAAGAGGCUUUGAAGCAUAAGCAUUCGUGGCCUUUCCAGUCGCCGGUCGAUGCCAACAAGCUCGAGAUCCCAGAGUAUCACAAUGUUGUCUCCAAGCCAAUGGACCUCCGAACCAUUGAAAGACGUCUUCGUAACCUCUACUAUUGGAGUGCCGACGAUGCCAUCAAGGUAUGUGGACGGAUUUAGGUGAAGGUGGUGGUGAAUGGUCGAUGUGAGAGCGGGGAGAAGCACAGAAACGAGCAGGUAGAUUGUAGCUGGACGUGGCGGUGGAAUCGAGAGCUAUGCAAAUGAUGAGAGGCCCCAGGAGAGAGGAGAGAGAAAAAAUGAUGAGAAAAGAGAGGAACGAAAAGAGAAGGGUUGCCCGGGUGACCGGAAAUUAGGGCAGUCACUCUGCCAUGAGAAAUGAGCGUCUGGUCGCACGAAGGGGCUCAGCACCUACAUACAUACAUCCUUUUUCCUGUCUAUUCACCCGACAAAACACCUGAGUAUACUAGGGCUAGACAUACUCCCGGUUCUUCUAUUUCUUGAAUAUUAAAUCCACGGAGCGCAUUCUGACCACAUGAUAAACGAGAAGUUGUUUCGAGACACUGCGCCCUUUCUGUUUUUCGCUCCCUGGAUCUCUUGCUCCUGCUGUCCACGGGCGCUCGCAGUUUCAGCUGUCCCCGCCCACUUGUGGGCUGCGUGCGAGAAUGAGCUUCAUUCAUUCUCAUUCAUUUUGCGGGUCGUGCUGGCCGGCUCUCAUUUAUAUCGCUACCUAAGACUCCUGCAGUUUAGUUUAUGACUCAUCCGGUUUUAGGGGCGCCGCAGCAGCUUCUUAGUAAUAACAAACGAUUUGAAUAGCGGAACGGUAGCCGAUAUUACUCAUCUGAUUGUUUUUAGCCAGUUAAUUGAAUACAAUAGAAACACCAACAUGUAUUGUGCGGAGAACAAUGAGAGAAGGAAGGGAGAGAGAGCAGAGGGUGUAUUGUUAAAUGCAAAUGCUUACAGUUUUGGUCAGCUUGUUACUGGCAUAGUCGGUCGGGUUGGGCCGCAUGUUGGAACAAACCUCAACUCUUUUGCCUUUAAAAUUCAUUUGGAUAGUUUUAAAAAAUCAUUAAAGUUUUGAAAUCGACCACAAAAUGCAUGUUUUGUUUAGCUCUUUGCCAUCCUCUAACAUUCUCUCUUCCCAAUUCUCUGUGCAUUAAUCACGAACUAGAAGAAAACAGCCGCAUCGUUUAUGAUUCAGAAAAUGUUAAGAGCGGCAUAAAACCGUCUCACUAACCCUCGUUCUUUCCGGCUCUGCAAUCUUUCCGAAAAAGCAGAAAUCUUAUAAUUAGCUUGACAUUUUCUAUUUUUGCAAUACUACAAACAAAACCAAUUCUCCAAUAUCUUUUAUCUCUCUCUCUCUUUCUCUUUCUCCGUCUCUGUCUAAGGGUGCUACUCAAAAUAGGUCACUUUCUGAAGCACUCUGCUCUGUUUUGUAAUAGUCCCCCACACUCGUGUACUCCACACAUAUCCAAGUAGAUGAAAGGCAAAAGAGUUGGUGGUUUCAGGACAUCAACCAGUUGUUCACCAAUUGUUAUACGUUCAACCCACCUGAGUAUGACAUAUACAAGAUGGCCAAAGCACUGGAGAAGCAAAUGUUGAGCCAUAUGGCACAAAUGCCCCGUUCUGUAAGUUAACUUUUUCUUUAUUUCAGGACUUGAACACGCUGUUCGAGAAUUGCAAAAAGUUCAACGACCGCAACGACGACAUUUACAUAAUGUGUGAAAAUGUCGAGGGUGUCGUGCAAAGGGGGCUGGAAUGGAUGCCCACUAAGGUUCAUUAUCAUCAUCAUACACGCACUCUUACUCGUUUGCAUUCCCGUGUCUUCUUCUACUUCUUCUAUCAUCUUUCUCACACUCAUCCUUAUUCUUUUAGGAGUCACCAGCCGAACUCGCCGAACAUCACCGUCGUGGAAUGUUCCCCGCGUCAACUCCAAACGGAAAAAUGAAGGGUCCAAAGCCUCGUGGAAGAAAGAGCACUCGUGGACGUAAGAAGGCGGUUGUGCCUCGUGGGCAUGCCAUUCCAAAGGAGGAAAUAGUGGACGACAUUGCCGAUGACGCAUCGUCGAAGGUGGAGUCGAUUAACUUUGACGACGACGAAGACGACGCUGCCACCGAGAAGGACGUCGAAAGCCGCGCAGAAUCGAUCCAGCCGCCGGAAAUUCCGGAGCCGAAACCUUCGACUUCUCAGCCAGUUGCCCCGAAAAGUGCUAAGCGAAAGGCGGAGAACGGUGACAACGGUGUCGCUGUCAAAGUCGCCGCUCCAUCCGCACCAGCCACCCCUGCGGCUCCUCCAGCGCAACCACGUAAGAACCCGAACACCAUGAUCGACUGGAAGAACCUGCCGGCCCGCUACCAUGGCAAACAGACGGAGUGGCAGAAGUUCUGCUCCAAGCUGCUGACGGAGAUCCACAGCGUUCGCAAUAAAGGAUUCGCCCAAGUCUUCUACCAACCUGUCGACCCAAUCAAACUGAAGAUUUUUGAUUAUCUGGAUGUCAUCACCAAUCCCAUGGAUCUUCAAACCAUCAAGAAGAAGCUGGAUAAUAAGCAAUACAUUGAACCCGAAGAAUUCGAGGCCGACAUGAAUCUGGUAAGGGAAACUCGACACUGUGAAGAAUUCAAUCGAGCAACUUUCAGAUGAUUAACAACUGCUGCACGUACAAUCCCAAAGGAUCAGCUGUCCAUCAGAACGCUCUUGACAUGAAAACGUUCUUUGAUGUUCGCUGGAAGAUGUGCCCGCGUCCUGGUGCGGAUACAACUCUGGCCGAGGGUUACAUGACGCAGACACUGGUUGUUAACACGGACCUCGUGGAGGAUGAGAAGAUCAACCAAUACAUCAAUGCUGUCAAAGCCGAGGAAAAGAAGUGUGCUGAGAAGCUGGAACUUCUUCGCAGCAUGAAUGAAGGCCUUUACGGCAUCGCCAUGCAGCGCCGCGAGGCAAAGUUGGCAGGAAGUACUGCUCCAACACUGGGAACGUCGCAUCUGACGCAAUUGGACAAGCUCGGAAUCACCAUCAAACCAACCACUCCGAUGAUUGUGCCUGAACUCAUCUCGCCUGCUCUUUCUGUUCGUUCGUCCAGCCGUGCUCCAGUGCCGAAGAUCAUUGACGACAUUGGUCCAUCGCCGAUCAAGCAGAGAAAGAUGUAAGGAAACGGAAUAUUCUAGAAUCUCAUCAUAAUUGUUUGUUUCCAGUUCGAAGCCGCGUCCAUCUACUGCAUCAAAUGCAUCCGUGGCGUUCACGGCCACCCCAGGAACUCGCGGCCGAAAGCCGAAAAAGUCGGGAAGACCGAAGAAGACGUACUCUCCGCCACCAUCCCCGCCUCCGUUCGACCCGAACCAUCGUGUUGGUCCAUACGAGUCCAUUUACGGACGGAAGAAAGUUGGCAAUCAGCACAAGAUCGAGCUGUCGGAGCGAAUGGGAAAGCUUCCACACGAGUUCAUCACGCCGGUCCUUCGCAUCAUCCAAAUCGGCCAGCACAACUUGGGCAAGCAGGUCACCACUCUGCGAUCGCUUUGCGAGGAAGAGAUUGACUUCAAUGAAGUUCACGAUGACUUGGUUAUCGAGUUGCUGGACUAUAUGGAUAUGAUCCAGCUUGACAAGCCGAGAGGUAAUCCUGUCAUAAUCCUAAGUCCAUCAAAACGUUUAUUUUUCAGCUGAGCGAACAAAAACCGAGUUGGACGUCAAGGCCAAGUUCUUUGGUUUCGAGGCCUACGACCAGCAAAUCGGGAAAAUUCCGUUUAAGAGAAAGGUGGGACGCAAGAUGGUGCGCUCUGAUUCUCCGUCGCCGUCGGCAUCUCGCUCCGGAACUCGCUCCUCGGACUCUGAUUCUGAAUCGGAUUCCUCGGAUUCUGAGCCGCCUAGCCGCAGCAACAGCGUUGUCCGUGCGGCCCCAGGCAAGCGCCCUUUCAGUGGAACUUCGUCGAGAGCCUCAACUCCAGCCGGACCGAGCCGUGUCUCCGUGGCCGCCGCCGCUGCGCCCACGAACCGUCGGACCACUCCGCCAGUCCGAUUGGGCAAGGAUUCUGGCUCCAACAAGCCCAUCUACUCGACUCGCACGCUUUCGGAGAGCUCGAGUUCGCCGGACUCGUCGGAUUCAUCAGAUUCGGAUUCUGAACCAAGUUAGUUUUGACGAGAGCAAAUCAUCACUCAUCAAAGCAAUAAAUGUGCAUGCAUCUCAUUGAGACUCAUCUCAUCCCACUGUCCAUCUUGCAUAAUUAUAUCCCAGUAACACUCAAAUCAAUGUUUCGUGGUUCUUUUGUAUAUUUAAAAUAUUAUGCGCGAAAAUUCUCUCCCACAACAAUUAUAAUAACCCACCCACCACUCAUUUUGAAGGUCUCGUUUUAUCAUCUCUAUAUUUGUUUAUUCUGCUUUAAAUAUUGACAAUAAGUGGUUUUAAUCAAGCAUUUCUCUCUUUACAACAUCAAAAAAGAAAGACCAUGCACUAAAAACAGAACAAUAACAAAUUUGAUGACUAACAGAAACACGAAUAGUUUAAUGUCGGCAGAAAGGGAAGGGAUGAGUGGGGAGCAUCACAGACAAAAUCGCAGAAAUAAAUGAAAUAGUGCAGUAUUGUAACUUAGUGAUUUACAGAGAAGCCGCCAGCGAAAACUGUGACUACUGAGAAGAAAACUGUCAGAAAGCCAGCACCUCCGCCGCCGAAGAAGAAGGCUCCGUUGUCGAUUCUCGAUGAACUGUUGCCGGAGACUCCGGAGAAGGAAACGGACGCCGCCACUUCCACCAGCGGGACCGGGUCCCGCAUGGCGCAUCCGCCAACCAUCCAGAAGCCCCAGCAGAAUGUACCGGCCUCGCGGAUUUCCGAGGAAGAUAUGCAAGCGCAACGCGAACAGGAGCAUAAUGCUGCACUCGAGAGACAGGCCGAGGUGAGAGUUGAUUAGUUUCAGACUUGUUCAUACCCCAGUUCGUUUUUAGGCGCGUCGUCGUCGUGCUCUUGAGGACCAGCCGAUGAUCCACCAACACGAAGUUAUGCAAGCGUUCGAGAGCCAAUACGGCGACUUUUCCUACUGA